CGGUUUAUCGGGAGGCGGCGCUGGCACUGAGACCAUUCUGCCGGCGCUCGGUAGUACGCUUUUCCGAACGCACCCAUGAGCCAACGCCUGAACUUUUUCGAGAUGCACUACAACGACUUCAAGGCCGACAGCCCAUUCCCCUCAAUUGACCAGCGAUAGUGCCCAAGCCCGAAAGGCACUGCGGUCCAUAAUGAGCAGGGCACUUUUCCGCUCCAUGCUGGAGCUUCGAGCUCCCGGCGCUCGACUCUCGGUACCCUCGUCUCUUUUGCCAAUCCGAGCCCGCGCCUUCACCUCCACAGCUCCCAUCAUCGAGCCAUUCCCUGAGCAUCACCCAAAGAAUGCCACCAAUCCCACGGCGAAUGAACCUCGACCCCUCGCUUUCAAAGUCAGCCAUCCUACACCGCCUCAAAAGCCCAUGGAAGACUCAGUCAAGAACCUUCUGCCGUUCCUUGCCGCUCAGCCAGACCACUACAUCACCGUUCAUGUUCACGGAUUUCCCUACCUUGUGCGCGAGGGCGAUCAAGUUCGUCUACCUUUCCGUAUGCCCGGUGUUCAACCUGGAGAUGUACUACGACUCAACCGUGCGAGUGUUCUUGGUAGCAGAGAUUACACCAUGAAGGGCGCUCCCCAUAUCGAUGAGCGGGUUUUUGAGUGCAGGGCUACUGUUGUUGGAACAGAAUCUGAACCGCUACGGAUCAAAAUCAAGAAGAAGAGGAGGCAAAGGAGAAAGAGACAGGCAAAAAGCAAGCACCGAUAUACCAUCCUACGGAUUUCGGAGCUGAACAUCAACAACUUGGAGGAUAUCGAAUGAUUUAUGAGACACCACAGGGUUGAGAGGAAGAUGUUUCGAGGAUGUUUCAACAAAACUGUUGAUGCCCAUGUACAAAUAGGAAAUGCCUCGAAACGAUGUACCAUUUACCAGCAUCAAGCUGGCUGUACAAUAACACAGCAAAUUUUGCAAAGUCAAUGGAGCGUUUCAAGUUUGUUGAUGUCCAUCGCUGAAAAUGCUUUUAUUCAGUUAACCCGCUGAAACGCGCAGCUAAA